CUGCCCGGGAGAGCGCGCGCACACCGCGGAAAGGAGCACGAGACAGCAUGCCGGUGAGCUGCGUGUACCGGGGGACGCUCGCGCACUCCACGCGGGACACUCCGCUGCAGAUCCUCGAGGACUCUGUGCUGGGGGUGGAUCACCGGGGGAAGAUUGCCUUUAUUGAAGAAGGUCAGAAUGUGGAAAGUCUCUCACAGACAUGGGGCUUCGAGACCUCCGAUAUCGUACAGCUCGGACAGUAUGAGUUCCUGAUGCCAGGAAUGGUGGACACACACAUCCACGCCUCACAGUACAGCUACUCAGGCACUGCCCUGGACCUGCCCCUGCUGGACUGGCUCAACACCUACACUUUCCCUGUAGAGUCGGGCUACAAGGACCUGGACUUCGCCAGGGACGUCUACACCAAAGUUCUGAAAAGAACACUGCGUAAUGGAACCACAACAGCAUGUUAUUUUGCCACAAUACACACAGACGCCUCGCUACUGCUCGGACAAAUUGCAGAUGACUUUGGGCAGAGAGCUCUGGUGGGUAAGGUGUGCAUGGACUGUAACAGUAUGGUGCCGUACUACAAAGAGUCCCUGAAGGAAUGCAAAGACGAGACACUUCGGUUCAUUCAAGAGCUUCUGAGGAAAGAGUAUGCUCGUGUGAAGCCUGUAGUGACCCCACGCUUUGCCGUCUCCUGUUCCUCCUCCCUGCUUCACACCCUUGGAGAGAUUGCCAAAAACAACGACCUUCACAUUCAGAGCCACAUCAGUGAAAACAAAGAAGAGGUGAAGCUGGUGAAGCAGCUUUUCCCAGACUGCAGAUCGUACACAGACGUCUACCUCAAACACGACCUGCUCACACCAAAGACAGUGAUGGCACAUGGCUGCUACCUGAGCGAUGAGGAAUUAAAGAUUUUCCAUGAAAGAGGAGCAGCAAUCUCUCACUGCCCCAACAGCAACACCUCUUUGGCCAGUGGCAUGCUUAACGUUCGCAAUGUUCUAAAUCACAAAGUGAAGUUGGGCCUGGGCACAGAUGUAGCGGGAGGAUAUUCACCCUCCAUUCUGGAUGCUCUUCGUCGAGCCAUGGACACCUCCAGGUUCCUGAGCAUGCGGGAGGAUCAUCUGAAAACUCUCACCUUUGAGGAGGCUUUUAGGUUGGCCACACUUGGGGGCAGUGAGGCUCUCUCACUGGACGAUCAGACAGGAAAUUUUGAAGUGGGGAAGGACUUUGAUGCUCUGCGAGUGAACAUGUGUGUUCCUGAAGGUCCGGUCGAUGUGUUUCCUGGACAGGGGCCCAAGGUCAUAUUGGAGAAAUUUCUAAAUUUAGGUGACGAUCGGAACAUUGUUGAGGUGUUUGUCGCUGGAAGACGAGUUGUGCCGUUUCCAGAGUGAAAGAAAUUACCCACAAUCCUCUGGAAACCGGCCCACACUAAUACUAACUUAGAUAGCACUUUAUGAUGUAAUAAUUUAUAAUGCUUUACCAUUGUUAACAUUUCAGUUAUUUUAAUAAUGUAAUCAUUUUGUAAGGAUAUAUGUAUGUUCUGUUUUAAUAAGAUUAAUUCAAACUUGUUUUAAUAAAGUAUAGCUUUAUUUGUGAUGAACUACAGUAACUAAGGAAUAAAAUAAUAAAGGAUUUUUUUU